AUGGAGAGUGAUGAAGCAAAUGUUAAAUUCAUGAGGAAGCAGAAGAAAGAAAUCUUUGUAUUUCCAGAAACAUAUGAUACAUCGAUGGAUGAAAGAGGACGCCUGAUGAGAAGGGGCAUCAUGCGCUAUGCAAAUCUAGCCUUUGUCAUCACCCUUACAUGCAUCAGCCCCUGUGUCAAAAAACGAUUUCCCACCAUGGACCACCUUGUUGAAGCUGGCAUACUCCUACCCAAUGAGAAAAAGAUCAUGGAACACCUCAAGACAUCCCACUCGACAUACUGGAUGCCUCUGGUGUGGGCAUCCAGCAUUGCCAUCCGAGCACGCAAGGAGGGACGCAUUCGGGAUGACUUUGCACUCAAUACUCUAGUAGAGGCUAUAGCAAACUAUCGAUCCCUAUGUGGUGGCCUCUACAACUAUGAUUGGAUCAGCAUACCUUUAGUAUACACACAGGUGGUGACCCUUGUGGUGUACACCUACUUCCUAUCUACUCUGAUGGGUCGGCAAUAUUUGGAUCCUGUUCAAGGAUAUCCUGGUUAUGAUGUGGAUCUGUAUAUUCCAGUCUUCAACUUCUUGCAAUUCUUUUUUUACAUGGGAUGGUUGAAGGUUGCAGAAACUUUAGUGAACCCUUUUGGUGAAGAUGAUGAUGAUUUUGAAGUCAACUGGAUUAUUGAUCGAGAUAUACAG